AUGCCUUUCAUGUUGUAAGUAACGCUCGAGCGAAGAGAGCCUCAGAUCGAAGAUGGGAAAGCUUUUAAGUCUUCUGGCUCGAGAUGAGUCUACCUGUUGCACCGCUCAAAAAUAUGACGUCUUUCUGGAUUUUGAAAACGCACAACCUUCUGACAUAGAACGAGACACUUUUGAAGCGGUGCAAAGGGUUCUGAAAAAUUCAGAAUCUAUCUUGGAGGAGAUUCAGUGCUACAAAGGGGCUGGGAAAGAAAUCAGAGAGGCGAUUUCGGCGCCUACGGAAGAGUGUCAGCGAAAAGCCUAUCUGACCGUUGCUCCUCUUGUUGCAAAGUUGAAAAAAUUCUAUGAAUUUUCGUUGGAACUCGAAAGGGUGGUACCGAAAAUUCUCGGUCAGCUGUGUUCAGGGAAUCUCUCCCCGACCCAGCAUCUCGAGACCCAACAAGCAUUGGUGAAACAGCUAGCCGAAAUCUUGGAAUUCGUUUUAAAAUUCGACGAGCAUAAAAUGAAGACGCCCGCCAUUCAGAACGAUUUCAGUUACUAUCGGAGAACGCUGACUAGGGCAUCAUUGACAAGGCAGGACACCGCUGAAAAGGAUCUCGUGGUCGGAAACGAGCUCGCCAAUCGAAUGUCCUUGUUCUACGCCCACGCGACACCCAUGCUUCGCGUUCUGAGUCACGCGACCAUUACUUUCUUGAUGGACAACGAAGAUGUAGCACGCGAAAAUAUCACGGAAACACUUGGCACCAUGGCCAAAGUUUGCUUACGCAUGUUAGAAAAUCCUAAUCUUCUGGCGCAGUUCCAACGAGAGGAGACUCAACUCUUUGUUUUAAGAGUAAUGGUUGGGUUGGUGAUCCUUUAUGAUCACGUUCAUCCUCAAGGUGCCUUUGUUAAGGGUUCAAAUGUUGACGUUAAAGGGUGUGUGAAAUUACUGAAAGAUCAACCGCCUUGCAAGAGCGAAGGUCUUUUGAACGCUCUUCGUUAUACAACCAAACACCUGAACGAGGAGAACACGCCGAAAAAUAUAAAGAACCUGCUGGCCGCAUGAUUACCGAAGCAACGCGGCUGCUGUAUCAGAAGCUGAGACAGCUGGUUGCUACUCUUCCAGAACCUGUACGGUGUGAUGCAUCGCGUAUAUGUAUCACCACGAGGACACGUUGAAGAAGACAUCCUCGAGUUUCCACGUGAACCAAGCUAUCACGGGCUGGGUGGUGGAUCAGAAAACGCGUCUUUCGAACCGAGUUUAAAUACUGCCCGGAAAACUGCCGACUUCUGCAAAUAAAAAAUAAAAAAAAAAAAAAAAUAAAAAAAAAAAGAAAUACCUUCGACGAAAGGAAA